AUGUUCCGUACCGCUGUUAAGCCCACCGCUACUCUUGGCCGUGCUCUCCAGGCCCGCACCUUUGCCAACUCGGCUGCGCGCCAGGACAAGGUUCUCGCCGUCCUCUACCAGGGCGGUGAGGCUGCCAAGCGCCAGCCCAAGCUGCUCGGUGCUGUCGAGAACGAGCUCGGUCUCCGUGAGUGGAUCGAGUCCAAGGGCCACACCUUUGUGACCACGACGGACAAGGAGGGCCCCAACUCGACCUUUGCCAAGGAGGUCAAGGAUGCUGACAUUGUCAUCACCACCCCCUUCCACCCCGCCUACAUCACUGCCGAGAUCAUUGACAGCGCCCCCAAGCUGAAGAACUGUGUCACUGCCGGUGUCGGUUCGGACCACGUUGACCUGAACAAGGCCAACGAGCGCAAGAUCAAUGUCUACGAGGUGACUGGCUCGAAUGUCACCUCGGUCGCCGAGCAUGCCGUCAUGACCAUCCUGGUGCUCGUGCGCAACUUUGUCCCCGCCCACAACCAGUACGUCUCGGGUAAGUGGGACGUUGCCGAGAUCGCGCAGAACUCGUACGAUGUCGAGGGCAAGGUCAUUGGUACCCUUGGUAUCGGCCGCAUUGGUCGCCGCAUCCUGCAGCGCCUGAAGCCCUUCGACUGCAAGGAGCUCCUCUACUACGACUACAACAAGCUCGACUCGGAGACCGAGACCCAGAUCGGCUGCCGCCGCAUCGAGGACCUCCACGAGUUUGUGUCGAAGUGUGAUGUGAUCACCAUCAAUGCUCCUCUCCACGAGGGCACCCACGGUCUUUUCAACAAGGAGCUCAUCUCCAAGAUGAAGCCCGGUGCGUGGAUCGUCAACACUGCCCGCGGUGCUAUCACCGUCAAGGAGGACAUUGCUUCCGCCCUUGAGAACGGCCAGCUUAACGGCUACGGUGGUGACGUCUCGUACCCCCAGCCUGCCCCGGCUGACUACCCCUGGCGCUCGAUGCACAACACCUGGAACCCUGCCCUGGGCGGUGGUAACGCCAUGACCCCCCACAUCUCGGGUACCUCGCUGGAUGCCCAGGCCCGCUACGUGGCCGGCACCAAGUCGAUCCUUGACAACAUCUGGUCGGGCCAGCCCCAGCUCAAGAAGGACAUCAUCGUCGAGAACGGUGAGUACGCUACCAAGUCGUACGGCCAGCACAGCAAGUAA